AGUAGAAAUAAUGAAAACGAGGAUGCAUUUUUAAGAGUAGGUACAAUCGGCGGGGCGGGGCGGAUAGCGGGGCGGAACGCGGCACAUUUAUAGUUUGAUUUCUGCAAACAAAAUCAACCUAACCAAACACAAUGCUAAAUUUGUUUAAAAAAGAAAUGACUGUUCCAGUUUUGACAGGUUGUUUAAAUCAUCUUAAGAUAGAGGUUAUUGCAAGUCUUAUUGCGAAGAGCAAUAAUGAAGAUAGACCAACUACUCUCAACAAUCCUAAGGCAGGCGAAGUUUAUGUUAUACAAGUGAAUCAUGGAAAAGACGAUUGGCGGGCAGAUGGGUAUUGGUGGAAGCAAAAUGGCUGCAGUAAAAUUCCUCGGGGUUCGCCACUUUACACAAAGAUCCAUUUUGCCACUGUUACAUCAACAGGAAUUUCAAAUGAUUUCCAGAAGUUUGUGUACUGUGAUCUGAGUCGGACAGAUCUUGUUGUUAUCCAUUACAUUGGUAACCACAACCUUGCAGUUUUAGUUCCUCAUGGCAAUUCCAGAAAACCAAUCAAGUUCUUACCAACAGCUUCAUAUGUGCUAGAUGCAAUUGCUGAUUCCCACAGUUACAAGGACCUUCUUCUUGAUUGCAAGGAUAGCCAGGUCCAAUUUCAACAAAGAAAUUCAAGGCAGUUUAAGUACGUUCGUAGUGUAAAAGCCGCUAGUAUGAAACUAGGCACUGAGCCUUUUUUAACAUUACAUGAACUGGCAUAUAUGAUUCCAGGCUUUGUGUGGUCCAUAUCCACUUAUCCUAACUUGUUGGUUUCGUUUGGCAUGCAGAAUUUAAUCAGUCAACUUGUCAUGUGCUCUCAAAUUUUUUUUUCAUAUGAUACAACAUUUAAUUUAGGUGAUUUUUAUUUAUCAAUUCUAGUGGCUAAAUUAAGUUGUUUUGUUGAGAAGCCUUGCAUGCCUGUAGCAUUUGUUUUACAUGACAGGAAGUUUGAUAGUGUGCAUAAAAGUUUCUUUAAAUCUUUGAAAAAAAAUUGCCAGUUCUUAAUCAGGUUGUGAUUGUGACUGACAGAGAGAGUGGAAUUGGCAAAGCAAUAAAAAAAGUGUUACCAAAAUGGAAUCUGGUAUCUUGCUCCAAUCACAUUUUGUCGAAUAUUGAGGUUUGGUUAAAAAAACACAGUGCUUGUCAUGCAGAAAUAAUUGUUUAUAAAUCUCAAAUGCAGGAACUUCUCAUGAGUGAAAUUUGUUUAAAAGUAAAAAUUGAUACAUUGAAACCUUCAUGGAGCGAAGCAUUCUCAAUUUAUUUUUCAGAUCACUUACACUCAUGUAUUUUAAUAUCUUAUAUUGGUCACCUCAGGUUCAUUGGUUUAACAGAUAAUAUAAUUACAAAUAAUGUAUCAGAAUCACUAAAUGCUGUCAUUAAAAAGUUUCAGGAUUGGAAAGAAGCGCCUGUUGAUUCGAUGGUUGUUGCAAUGCAUCGCCUUCAGACCUUCUAUUUGAUAGAAAUUAAGCGGAGUUGUAGUAGUUUUGGACCCUACACUCUUAUUGACAGCAGUCUCCUAAUCAAAAAUGCAGAUGACAUACCAAAAGUAGAGAGUCCAGAGCUUGUUAUUGCUGCAAGAGCUGCAAGCAGCUGCCAAUAUACCAAUGCAGCAACUCAUACCUCCGUCAAUAUGUGUGCUUUCUAACACAUUUAAUGUUGUACAUGUUCCAAGCCUUAAAGUUUUUACAGUCUCUGCCCCUGAUGAAAAUGUGCAUGUUGUGAAGCUGUAUCCAAAGGAAAACUGCAUGUGUCCUUCUUCAACAAUGUGUUGUCACAUACUAGCUGUUAAGCGCAGCAUUGGAGUUAAAUGUAGUAAACGAAAAAUCAUAAAUUUGACCAAAUUGCGGCAUAACUCACGUAUGAUUAAGUAUGAAGAUGAACUUCUGAUGAUAACUUCUGACAAUAAAGUCGAAAGUUUCAUAAAGUGGUUGGAUCGCAAGCAAAUGAAAUACUAUUUACCUGAGAUACAAAAUGAAAUGAUUGAGAUAAUGGCGCAUAGGAUAUUGCACGUUAUUUCAUCAAAAAUUCAGUUAGCAGGAUUUUACACCAUCAUGGUAGAUGAAAUGACAGAUAAUGAGACUGGUGAUUCAUCUGAUCUUGAACAUCUUGUUAUCUUUUUUCGCUGGAUGGAUGACAGUUUACAAAUUCACGAAGAUUUUAUCGGUCUUCAUUCAAUAGAAGUUUAUUUUAAGAUGCUAUUUUAAUCGUAAAUAUCAUUCAGGAUGAUGUCAUUUUACGAAUGAUCCUCAAACUGGAUAAUACUCGUGGAUAAUGUCACGACGGUGCAGAUGUAUGGCAGGUAAAAAAAAGAGGUUGCAACAGCGAUAAAAACAUUAAAUCGAAUAUGCCUGUAUACAGAUUGUUAUGGGCAUGCCUUGAAUCUAACUAAAGAAGAUUCUUUUAGAAAUGUUAAUUGUUGUCAUAAAUCUUUGCAGCAAUAAAAGAAUUUUUUGUAAACUUGUAAAAAAAAAUCCAAAAAGAGAAACUCAUCUAUUUAUAUUGCUCUCUCAA